CAAGGCCCCGCCCACCGGGCUCCAGUGUUGUUUGGGGACAUGAGGAAGAUGGCGGCGGCCCCGCUCUACUGUGUCUGCCGGCAGCCGUACGACGUGAGCCGGUUUAUGAUCGAAUGCGACAUUUGUAAGGACUGGUUCCACGGCAGUUGUGUCCAAGUGGAGGAGCACCAAGCUGUGGACAUCGAUGUCUACCACUGCCCCAACUGCCAUGUCCUACAUGGACCUUCCUUGAUGAAGAAGCGCAAAAACUGGCACCGGCAUGACUACACGGAGCCAGACGACAGGACCAGGCCGGUGCAGGCCGGCACCUCUGUGUUUGUCAGGGAGCUGCAGGCAAGGUCCUUUCCCAGUGCCGAUGAGAUACUGGUGCGGAUGCAGGGCCACCAGGUGACCCCGAAGUACUUGGAGAAGCACAGCUUCCUGUCCCCUAUCAUGGUGCCCCAGCUGGAUGGGCUGGGACUGAAAUUGCCGCCACCAUCAUUCUCCAUCGAGGACGUGGAGCAUUAUGUCGGUGGCGAUAAAAUCAUCGAUGUCAUCGACGUGGCCCGGCAGGCAGACAGCAAAAUUAAACUCAGCGAGUUUGUGAAGUAUUAUUACAAUCCCAACCGACCAAAGGUGCUAAAUGUGAUCAGCCUGGAAUUCUCAGACACAAAGAUGGCAGAGCUCGUCGAAGUGCCGGAUGUUGCGAGGAAGAUGUCCUGGGUGGAGAACUACUGGCCCGAUGACUCCUUCUUCCCAAAGCCUUUUGUGCAGAAGUACUGCCUGAUGGGGGUGGAGGGCAGCUACACAGACUUCCAUAUUGACUUUGGGGGCACAUCUGUGUGGUACCACGUACUCUGGGGAGAGAAGAUUUUUUAUUUAAUCAAGCCAACCCCAGGGAACCUUGCUCUAUAUGAGGCGUGGAGCUCAUCUCCAAACCAGAGCGAGAUGUUCUUCGGGGAUAAAGUGGACAAGUGCUACAAGUGCAUCGUCCGACAGGGCACUACCCUCCUGAUCCCCACAGGCUGGAUCCAUGCUGUUCUCACCUCCCAGGACUGCAUGGCAUUUGGAGGGAACUUCCUUCACAACCUCAACAUUGGUAUGCAGCUCAGGUGUUAUGAAAUGGAGCGAAGGCUAAAAACUCCAGAUCUUUUCAAGUUCCCUUACUUCGAGGCCAUCUGUUGGUAUGUGGCAAAGAACCUUCUGGAAACCCUUAAAGAAUUACGAGAAGACAAUUUCCAGCCACCAGUCUACCUGAUGGAGGGAGUGAAAGCUUUAACUUGUGCACUGAAAAGCUGGCUGAAGAGAGAGGCUACAGAACCGACCAGUGAGGUACCGGAUCAUAUCAAGCCCAAUAAUCUCAUUAAAGAACUCACUAAGGAGAUUCGCCACCAGGAGAAAGAGCAGCUCAGCGGUGGCGGCAGCUGCAAGCCAAUGAAAUCUCAGGGAAGUGGCGGUGUGUGGUCUGUGACACGGUCUACGGCUGAGCGGGGGACUAGGGUGCACAGGAUGGCCAGGAGACUGCGUGACCACGGGGCUUCCAGGACCCCAUCCAAUUUGGACAUCCUGGAGCUGCACACAAGGGAGGUGCUGAGGAGGCUUGAGGUGGCCCCCUUCCAUGAGGACACCACGCUCUGCUCCAGGGUCAACGGGAAGUUUAAGAAGACCUCGGCCUCAUCCACAGCCACAGCUGGGAGGGGUCUAGACAACGACUUGCGCUUGGUUCUGUGUAAUGGGCGCAUUGUCAGAGAUGAGAGGCAGUGGACCGCACUGAAAGGCCCGGCGGGCCAGAAGAAGGAUGGAGCCCAAUUGAAGACGGAGGUGGGCGAGUCAGCGCCGGAGCCACACAGCAGUGCGGAGAAUAAAGGGGAGCUGAACCCCCUCAGGGUUUUCAUGGAAAGUGUGAAGUCAGAACUCAGGAAGGAAGCCUCUAGACACUCGGAUCUUUUGGACUCCGUGUCUGAGAGCAGUUGCACUACACAGCGUAAGGACUCUUCAGAGGAAUAUUCAGGGAGCUCAGGGGAGGAGGGUGACUCCGUGCAGAGCAGUCGAAAAGAUCUGUACCGGGACAGCUGGAGGCACCGGCACCGAAACAAACGACCUGAAAGAAAACGUCCUCCCUCUCCAAACACAGAAGAAGCCAUCCAGGGCAUGUUGUCCAUGGCAGGACUGCUGUACCCCGAGGUCUCCAGCUCGCAGGAGCUCUGGUGGUCCAGUCCAGCUUAUCGCUCGCUUGAUGGUGACAGAGCAGACCCCGUCUCGGGGGAGGAGAGCCCGGAAGAUUCCGACAAUGACUCUGCUCUGAGCCAUCAGGAUGAGCUGCGGCCCCUCAAACAUCUCAACAAGAACUGCCGGGCGCGCCUGAGCCAGCAGAUCCAGGAGAACAAGAACUUUAUGGACAGCCAGGGCAACAGCAGUGAAGCCUGGUCCGACAACCCCCAGAACACCGAGAUCUCCCUGUUGCCACCCUUUCACCCCUCCAAAAGGCCUGCCUCAAACCCCCCACCCAUCAGCAACCAGGCCACCAAAGGCAAGCGGCCGAAAAAGGGGAUGGCGACAGCCAAGCAGCGCCUGGGGAAGAUCCUCCGAAUCAACAGCCACGGUCGUUUCUUUGUGUAGCAUUCUUUAUAAAAGGACUGGAAGAGCAGAAAGACUGCCCUCCCCACCACCCACUAGAGCAAGUGAGGUCAUCACCCCCCCACCCAACACACACAAAUCCCCCUACUACCCCUUAUUUGAGUUAGAACUCUCGUUGCUAUGAGAUGUGGGACACAAGAUGUAGGAAUUGUCGUGAGGGGGUGUCAUGGCUUUAAUGUUCCCAUGGAGAGCGCAUGAGAUUUUCACAGAGUUACACCACUGGGACACACACAAACAUACACACUCAUCACACACACAGAAGGAAAAAAGUGGAAAUGGAUGCACUUGGAUUGUGAGCUGCCGAAAUACGACGGGGAAUUUUGAAAGCAGUCGCUUCAGAGGUCAGCUGAACAUCAAAUGGGUGGGGGGGGAGCCAAAGCCGACCGCAGACGCAGCGUUGGAUGUGGCUCGUGGAGGUCGGAGCAUUGAGGACCGCUCCGCUCUGGUGCACCUGUGUCCCGCUGCAGUAAAGAAGGGUGCAACCUGAACUUAGUCGGCAACUUGGGUCUUUUUUGUUUUUUCUCUGCAGGGAAUCGCGAACAGGAAUGGCAUUACGGAGCUGAACUGAACUGAUACUGAAAAUGGUGCUUAAAUCUGUGUUUACCUCUGCGCCCUCUGACAUUCACACCAGCAAUACUGUGGAGGGGGUCUGGAAGGGUGGGGUGCGAAGGUCGCGGGUCCCUUCACACCCCCUUCAGCUCCUCCACGUGUCAGCUUGAUAAGUCAAAUCACUGCAGCAGGGCUUCGUGACACUUCUGAUUUAAACGAUGGUGCUCAAAUUGGGGGAUUUAGUUUUGUAGCAAAAUUCCAGGCUUCUGGUGACUUCUGUGAGGUGUCAAAGAACUGGACUCUGAGAGUGCUGCUGUCCACAAGUGUUUCUGAAGGACAAAAAAAGUUUACUUUUAUGAUGCAUUAAAUGUAUAGUGAGGAAAAGAAAUUCAACUUAAUUUAUUUAAUUUUUUUUUUGUUGUCGAUGGCUUUUGAAUUAUGUAUUUGUGAAAAUUUGGAAGAUGUUUUAUUUCAGUUUAUGAUUUUGUGUAGGAUUUAAGGUAGGAAAAGCUAAUUUCCUCUGUGAUGCAGCUCUUGCGAUUUUGGUGGAAUUCAUGGGUCUUCCCCAUAGCAACACAACUGCCGAGUUUCUGCAUAUCUUCUUGAUUAACUUUAGGUUCUGCGGCCGUGGGAGUGCGAUUAUAAAUCGCUGGAAUUUGUUUCUCGACUACUUGAUGUCAGCGUUGGUCCUUCUGCCGUCCUUCGUAAAAUGUGGUCUCAAAACAAGCGGGUCGUGAACCCGUGGGGUUGAACAUAAUUCAUUCUCUAUGAGAGAAAAUCUGAUGUCCAUUUUUGGGGGAAAAAUGCUGGAGAGGAACUUCUUUAAUUGUAGCUGUUUCAUUAGAGGGACACUUUAAUGGAAUAAAAUCAUUCAAGCCUUUAGACUUUUUGUGAUACAGGUGCCCUCUUUGGUGUGAUAAAGAUGCCAACAGGAGAUCUGACGGUAGUUCUGCCCCCCAAUGAAGUCCAAAGCAGGUCCGCAGAGGUUUGUUUGUUUUCCCCAUCCUCUCCACGCUCUGGUGUGUCUCAGACUUGUUUUAGUGACCUCAGGUAAAUGUGCCAGAACGGGACGCUAGUCCUCUCUGCAGCUGCCAAAGCAGUGCUCGCAGGGUUUGCUCAGGGAUAGAUGGGGCCAUGUGCCCCCCAUGUAAGGCUGUCUUUACAUCACCAGCACUGGGCAGCUACAUAAACGUGGUCUCCUCCACACAUGUAUAGUUUGUCUGUAGUUAGUCACUCAGGAGGUUCACGUGUCAAUCUUUCUUUCUUAUCAACGUAGCAGGUGAAAUUUGAUGCAGUGCAGGGAUGUGUCUUUCAUCGAAAAUCUGGCUGGAAAUAGACUGGGAUUGUGACGUCACGGCGAGUAAAUGGCACAGGUGGCGAAGAGCAACAGUACCGCUGUAUGUUGGGUUCAGCUAAAACCCACUAGUGGUUCCAGAGUUAGUGUGCAAGUGAAGUUCUACUGCAACGUGUGUCUCUUCCCCUCACUUUUUGAAAAGAUUCUCUCACCGACUUGUACACGAGCACCAAAACUUUCCAGCACAGGGUAAUCUCCCAGAUGGGGCCUUAUGUGAAGCUGACAGAACUACUCAAGUAUUGUAUCGCAUCUUGUCUGGCCUGCAGCUCCUACAUGGACAUAGAGAAUAUUGCGCACACACCCUGAGUGACUGAGAGAAGCUCGUGUUCUGAUCCCCCCCCCCCCCCAACACCCCUCUCGCACAAGUAUGCCUUACAGCUUCUCUUGAUCACACACCACUUUGUAACUUGCAGCCUAUGAAUGAUGCAGUACUGCUCCGUGUAUAGCAUAUGUCUAUUCCACUUGUUCUUGUGAAACAUGAAUUUGCAGCAAUGGUUCAAAUGUAAAGUCUCCUCACUGCUGGGAUGUUUAUGGUAUUUGUCAGACUCCAUUUAGACCAUGUGUUCUGCUUCUGUUGCCCACCAAAAUGUAUCUGUGGAAAUGUUAAUGCCUGAAUUUCUAAACAUUAAAACAAUUCU